UGGUGCGUCAAAAUUGUUUUUGGCGCUUCGGGGACAAAACAUUGGUUGCGCACCUAAUCCGUCUCCCUCCUCUCCUCGCUAACCGCCACCUACUCACUAAACCGAGUCACUUUCACCGACGCACCUUCAACUCGACUCAGUGACUCACCAACGAUUCACUCACUCGCUCUCUGGCUCACUCACAUGGCUGGAUCUUCUGCAACUGCAACCUCUUUGGCUCUACCAUUUCUGCUACUCACUCACUGACUCCUUCACUCGCUUCUUCAUCACACUGCCGCCGUGGCUAACAAACUAAACCACAUGGAUUCGUCUUCUGACGACGAAGACGACCGCUACAACCUCAUCGACCAAAACGUUAGAAAGCCUCCCACUCUUCCCUCCACCUCCACCACCGCCGGCGCCGCCGCUUUCCACGUCGAAGAUAUCAGCUCGAGCUCUCGGCGAUUCCAGCUCCGGAAGAGGUACAUUUUCUUGAUCCUCGUCGUCAUCGCCGUCGUUCUCUUCUUCUCUAUCACCGAAAUUCGCCAUGGCCCUAUCGCCAGCUUCUCCUCCGAUUAUCUCUCCGGUCAAAUGAAGGAAUCCGAAUUGCGCGCCAUUAACCUCUUGCGGGAGCAGCAACUAGGGCUCUUAACUGCUUGGAAUCGAACUUUUCAGCACAAUGCGUCAUAUUCCGAUCCAAAUCAAUUGGAGGAUCUGAAAUCGGCGCUGUUCAAACAGAUCUCUCUUAACAGAGAGAUUCAGCAGGUUCUGCUGAAUCCGCAUCGAACAGGUAACACAAAUGAGCCUGAAUUCGAUUUUAGAAAUCCUAAUUUGUUCGGUGGAGUUAGUUACAAUAGGUGUAGAACAGUGGAUCAGAAGUUCUCACAGAGAAAAACCAUUGAUUGGAAUCCUAGAGAUGAUAAAUUUUUGCUUGCUGUAUGCGUUUCUGGCCAAAUGUCAAACCAUUUGAUUUGUUUGGAAAAACAUAUGUUCUUUGCUGCAAUUCUUAGUAGGACUCUGGUGAUUCCAAGUUCCAAAAUUGAUUAUCAGUAUGACAGGGUAAUUGACAUUGAUCACAUUAACAAGUGUUUGGGGAAAAAAGUUGUGAUUUCCUUUGAGGAAUUUGCAAGUGCUAAGAAGGAUCAUUUGCACAUUAAUAGUUUCCUGUGUUACUUCUCUCUGCCACAGCCUUGUUAUCUUGAUGAUGAUCAUUUGAAGAAGUUGGGGUCUUUGGGUUUGUCAAUGAGCAAGCCUGAGCCUGUUUGGCAGGAAGAUACUCGGAAGCCAACACCGAAGACGAUUAAGGAUGUUCUGGAUAAGUUCGGUCAUGAUGAUGAUGUUAUGGCUAUUGGGGAUGUUUUCUUUGCUGAUUUGGAGAAUCAGUGGGUAAUGCAGCCAGGUGGCCCUAUUGCUCACAAGUGCAAGACUCUGAUUGAACCUAGCCGCCUCAUUGUGCUCACUGCUCAGCGAUUUGUUCAGACCUUCCUGGGAAAAAAGUUCAUCGCUUUGCAUUUUCGAAGACAUGGCUUCUUAAAAUUCUGCAAUCUUAAGAAACCAAGUUGCUUUUACCCGAUUCCUCAAGCUGCAGAUUGCAUCUUGAGGGUGGUUGAAACGGCCGAUGCGCCUGUCAUUUAUCUUUCUACGGAUGCUGCAGAAAGCGAGACUGGUCUGCUUCAGUCAAUGGUUGUGCUGGAUGGCAAGCCUGUUCUGCUUAUAAAACGCCCUGCUCGUGACUCAGCAGAGAAAUGGGAUGCUUUGUUAUACAGGAGUGGCAUUGAGGGGGACUCACAGGUUGAAGCUAUGUUAGACAAAACGAUAUGUGCAAUGUCUACAGUGUUCAUCGGAGCCCCUGGUUCCACUUUCACCGAAGAUAUCCUGCGGCUGAGAAAGGAUUGGGGAUCAGCAUCGUUGUGCGAUGAGUACCUUUGCCAAGGUGAAGAACCAAACUUUAUAGCAGAAAAUGAAUGAGGAUAAAGACCAUUUUUUUGUGCCUUGACUCGAGACCAGUUAUGUUUGUUGCUCUAUUAUAGGUUUGAUUGGGAAUUUUGUCAAUUGUCAAUGUGAGAGUAAUCAUGUAUGAUAAUAGAAUUAGCCAAUUUUAUUCAUUAAGUUUUGCUUGUUAUGCAUAUUCUUUCAUUAAUGGAACCUCGUAUUGGUACCUAAUAAGGAUUGCAUGUUGAGAGCUUUGCCCAAAGGGGAUUAUAGUAGUAAAGUUGUUCGAUUAUGAUGUGCUCA